CGUCACUCCCUGUGCUACUCUCACUUCAGUUCUGAAGCUGAAAAGAUCUGAGAAAGAAGCAUCCAAAGCUCCAAUGGCAGAAGGUAACAACUCCGGCGACCUAUUCUCCAGCGGCAAGCUGGUCGCGGAGGCCGCCGUUUCGGUGUUCCAGCAGAAGAGCGCCGACAACGUCGACAAGAAAGAGGUCGCCGGCGCCGCCGAGGAAAUCUUGCACGCGGCUUCCACGUAUGGCAAGUUCGAGGACAAGCCGGUCGGGCAGUACAUCGAGAAGGCCGAGGGGUAUCUCAAGGAGUUCAGCUCUGGGCCGGCUGCUGGAGCCGGGAAGGAGAAAGCCGACGCCCCUGCGCCCCCAGCCGGCGACGCGCCAAAGCCAGCAGAGCCGGACGAGGGCCCCAAGGAGCCUGCGCCUGCCGCGGAGGAAAGCAAGUCGGAGGGUUUUGGUAUCGGAGACGUCGUGAAGGGCGCUGAGGAGCUGGUGGAGAAGCAGAGCGGCGGGGAAGAAAGCGCCGGCGCCGCCGCCGGUGGGCUGUUUAAGAUGGCGCAGGGGUUCAUGAAGUAGAGCGCAGCAGCUCCAUCCAGCGCUUUCUUGAUUUGUCUGGUUAAUCAUCGUGCCUGUGUUUGUUACGUAAUGUUUAACUGUUAAUAAUACGCCUCGUUGUGUUUUUCAA